GGACAUUUUUUAAAAAUUCUAUCCAUAAAAGUAAGAAAGGCAUAUGGCAUUAAAUCAAUAGCAGGGUGAGUAAAUGAUGACAUAAUUUUCAUUUUAGGUUAAACUAUCCCUCUAACACCUAAAUAAAGGCUGGAAUUUAAGUCACUGCACCUCUUUAUCUUUCCUCACCUAAGUGCAUAAACCAGUUAGCAUUGUGAAUGCAGUGAAAGGUUUUGUUUAAAUAACCCGGGUCAUGUUCAUCUGGACGUAUCCUGUGACUGUGUCCUUCCCUGAAGCUGCGUAUAAUCAGGGAGUGUUUGUUUGUUAUAUAAUAUAUUUUUAUUGAGUUUAUACAGCGGUUAAAGUAUCUCUUGAAAUGUAACACAUUUUAUUAGUUUUAUUCUUUUUUUAAUUGUGUGGUCUUAUGUUGUUCGAAUAUCAAAAUCAUCAUCAUGUGCAUCUCAGCACAAUUCUAUUUGUGCAAGAGAUGAUUUUAUAAAAAGAUAAAAGAACAUAUAAAAGAUGACCAGCCAUUUCCGGAAAGUGGCAUUCUUUUAUUCUCGUGUUGCAUAAUGUUAUUUUUUCAAACUUAAAGAAAACAUCCUGCAAUUUAAUGCGCAUGACUGAUAUAUAUGGUGGGAAAACCCACUUUGCUAACAGAGUAAAAGAGACUUUAUGUGAGAACAGACUGUUGAAAAGCAACUACGAACAAAAUUCCGCUAACGACAAGUGAUUUAGUCAAAAGGAGACAAAAGAAGACUACGACUGGAGGUGUUGUGAAGCUUAGAGCUAUGUCUGUGCACAUAGGAGUUUUCUGGCUGAUACUGGUCAGUGUUGAAGGAUGGACGUAUCACACAGAUAAAAAGGCAAUGACCUGGAAUAAGACAAGGCAGUGGUGUCAAAAACAUUACACAGACAUUGUGAUGGUUCACAAUGAAAAUGUAACACAUUUCCUUACAAAAAUUUUGCAAAGUAGAUCCUCAACUCCUUACUACUGGAUUGGACUCCAAAAGAUCAAUGGCAAUUGGACGUGGGUUGCCAACGGACAGAUCGUGAACUAUCAAAACUGGGGAGUUGGAGAACCCAACAAUGUUAAGACUGAUGAAAACUGUGUGGAAUACAUCAGCAACGAAAACAAGAAUGGCAAGUGGAAUGAUGACCAGUGCGAAAAAGAAAAGUAUCCUGUGUGUCACAAAGCACAAUGUCUAAACAAUUCAUGCAGUGAUAGAGAGCUCUGCAUAGAACAAGUCAACAACUUCACCUGUGUAUGUAAGCCAGGUUUCUCUGGACCACGCUGUGAAAAAGUUGUGUCAUGUGAGCAACUAUCCGCACCACCGCAUGGCUGGAUGGAAUGCUCUGGUGUGUAUGGGAAUCAUUCCCUCAACUCAACGUGUAAAUUUUCCUGUGCUGGUGGUUAUAAGCUGAGAGGCACAGCUGAGCUCAAAUGCAGUUCCUCAGGUGCAUGGAACGUACCUCCACCUUCAUGUGCAGUCGUGUCAUGUGAGCAACUAUCCGCACCACCGCAUGGCUGGAUGGAAUGCUCUGGUGUGUAUGGGAAUCAUUCCCUCAACUCAACGUGUAAAUUUUCCUGUGCUGGUGGUUAUAAGCUGAGAGGCACAGCUGAGCUCAAAUGCAAUUCCUCAGGUGCAUGGAAAGUACCUCCACCUUCAUGUGCAGUCGUGUCAUGUGAGCAACUAUCCGCACCACCGCAUGGCUGGAUGGAAUGCUCUGGUGUGUAUGGGAAUCAUUCCCUCAACUCAACGUGUAAAUUUUCCUGUGCUGGUGGUUAUAAGCUGAGAGGCACAGCUGAGCUCAAAUGCAAUUCCUCAGGUGCAUGGAACGUACCUCCACCUUCAUGUGCAGUCGUGUCAUGUGAGCAACUAUCCGCACCACCGCAUGGCUGGAUGGAAUGCUCUGGUGUGUAUGGGAAUCAUUCCCUCAACUCAACGUGUAAAUUUUCCUGUGCUGGUGGUUAUAAGCUGAGAGGCACAGCUGAGCUCAAAUGCAAUUCCUCAGGUGCAUGGAACGUACCUCCACCUUCAUGUGCAGUCGUGUCAUGUGAGCAACUAUCCGCACCACCGCAUGGCUGGAUGGAAUGCUCUGGUGUGUAUGGGAAUCAUUCCCUCAACUCAACGUGUAAAUUUUCCUGUGCUGGUGGUUAUAAGCUGAGAGGCACAGCUGAGCUCAAAUGCAAUUCCUCAGGUGCAUGGAACGUACCUCCACCUUCAUGUGCAGUCGUGUCAUGUGAGCAACUAUCCGCACCACCGCAUGGCUGGAUGGAAUGCUCUGGUGUGUAUGGGAAUCAUUCCCUCAACUCAACGUGUAAAUUUUCCUGUGCUGGUGGUUAUAAGCUGAGAGGCACAGCUGAGCUCAAAUGCAAUUCCUCAGGUGCAUGGAACGUACCUCCACCUUCAUGUGCAGUCGUGUCAUGUGAGCAACUAUCCGCACCACCGCAUGGCUGGAUGGAAUGCUCUGGUGUGUAUGGGAAUCAUUCCCUCAACUCAACGUGUAAAUUUUCCUGUGCUGGUGGUUAUAAGCUGAGAGGCACAGCUGAGCUCAGAUGCAAUUCCUCAGGUGCAUGGAACAUACCUCCACCUUCAUGUGCAGUGGAGUGUUUUCCCCUUCUUUUGUUCGGUGGUGGAUUGAUGAACUGCACUGAAGGACAUGACAGCUCCAGAUCUGCUUGUAGAGUACAGUGUCCACCUGGACAUUUGCUGCUGGGCUUCACUGAGUUCACCUGCAGAGCUGAUGGCAUAUGGGAGUCUUCCUUUCCAUUGAUGUGUGCAAGUUUUGUCCAUUCUCUAAUUGCUCUUUUGGCAUCUGUUGUCGUCUCAGUGUUUUGUGGCUGUUUUUGUUGCUCCAACUGCAGAAAUAGUAAAAAGGCAGUGCGAAUGAGAACUCAACAGGAAACACUGAAUCCAGCAUUUGAAGCAGAACACACACCACUAGAUGGUCCUCUAUGUUCAGCAUAAGAUGUAUAGUCUUACAAUAACUGGACUUGAUGUUAGAUUUUUUUUAUUUAUUUAAUUAUCAAAUCUUUUACAAUUCAUUCUUAUUUUAGAGACUAGCUUUUGUAUGUACAAAAAUGAAAUAAAGUCAAUAAUCCCAUUGUCAUCUUUUGCACAAAAAUGCUUGAUGUUAUAUUGUUGCUAAUUGUUGCUUUAAAAAAAAAAAAAAAACAUUAUUCAGUGUGAGCUGGCGAAUGACAUUACAAAUAAUAAACUAUUUAAUUUCUGGUAUAUAACAAUUGUCUCCUAAACGCUAUUGUGC